UGGCGGACAAAGAAGACAUGGUGUUCUUUGAAGUAUUUCUUGGUAUUUUUGUUGUUUUGUUACUAUCUGUGGUUGCAAGGCUUUGGUGGGUUUUAGGAAGAAGACGUAGGGAUGUCCGUAAACGAGAAAGUCCAGUUAAAACUUUGAUCAUUGCUGGUUCAGGUGGCCACACAACUGAAAUAAUAAGACUUGUUAGUGGAUUAUCAUCCAUGUACUCUCCCAGAAUAUAUGUCAUUGCUGAUACAGAUAAAAUGAGUGGAAACAAGAUAGAAGAAUUCGAAAAAGAAAGACAACUAGAAAAUAUGGAUGAGAAGAUGACAAGAGGUUACGAAAUUAAAACCAUUCCCAGGAGUAGAGAAGUGCUUCAAUCAUGGCUGACUUCCUUCAUUACGACUCUUUAUGCUACAGUAUUCUGCUUUCCGUUGGUUUUCAAGAGCAGACCAGAAUUGGUUAUUUGUAAUGGCCCUGGAACCUGUAUUCCUGUGUGUUUUGCAGCUAUUGUUAUGAAGAUUAUUGGCUUACAAGAUGUCAUGAUAGUCUAUGUUGAAAGCAUGUGCCGAGUGGAAACAUUGUCCUUUUCAGGACAAAUUCUUUAUCAUUUUGCUGAUCACUUUUUUGUUCAGUGGCAGAAAUUACAAGAAAAAUAUCCCAAAGCAGUUUAUCUUGGUAGACUCGUUUAGAUAUGAUGACAUUGAUGACAUUUAUAAGAUGAAUUUUGGGCUUAUUUAGAGUUUUCAAUAGAGUGCAACUAGUUUACCCAUGAAAUAGGUAACUUGCUAUUUAUAAUUAAAUAGCACUAAUUAGUACUAAAUGUGAGCCAAAUAUUGUUGCUCAGUAAAGCUUUAAAAAACACAUUCAUGAAAAGAAUAGCUGAAGCGUAUAAAAACACUCAAAGUCCCACAAGUCUUUUGUUUUAUUUAUUCAUAUAUUUUUGUUUCCUAUGACAGACUAAUCUACAUAUAAACCAAAACAAUUAGAUUGUGUUUGUUAUUAUUAACAAUGAGAUUCACAAGAAACUGAAACUCUUAUUUCGUUUAUCCUGAGUAGUUUUUAGUUCCCAAGUCUAAAGGAAUGCUCAUGUACGUAGGUUUUUACGGCUGACUGGUCUCUCAUACUAAUUUGUACUUUGUACUCUAACAUAAAAAGCACAAAUACAUAUCUCUUUAGGUAACUAGGUUUAUUAGAAUUUAAUUAAAUUAACCAGUGAACAUAGAUUUUUUGGUUUGUAAAUAAAAAAGUAUUAGAAUA